AUGGAUUCUUCGAAUGCAGAUGAACCCCGUAAGAAGGCCACCCAUGCUUGUGAUUCAUGCUACAAGCGAAAGCCUCUAACCUAUUCCGCCGCUAAUGCCGCCAAGGUUAAGUGCGACGCAGCGGUUCCGCAGUGUAUUUGGUGCAGCCACCAUAAUAUCCCUUGCACGUUCGAUCGAGUAGUGCACAGAAAACGGAAAGGUGGUGAUGAUGAGGGUUGCCCCAAAGUCAAACGGCUGUCGGAGCGAAUUAGCCGCAUUAAGCGGCUGCUAUCAGAGAAUGUGACGCCAAAUCAAAUAUCAGGUACACUACUAUUGAGGAAUUAUUUAACAAAGUUCUCAUUGGCACCGAACAGAAUGUGA